AUGUCCCCAGCACUGUUUAGUAUUUAUAUGGAUAAUCUCAGUGUAUCACUCAAUAGCAUGCCUUGUGGCUGUCUUAUUGGCGAUAAAAUUAUAAACAAUUUGAGCUACGCAGAUGAUAUGUGUGUAAUUGCGCCCUCUAUUAAAGGUUUGCGCAAAAUGUUACAUAUUUGUGAGUUAUACGCUGAAGAGCAUGACAUUACCUACAACUCAACCAAGUCUAAAUCUAUGCAUUUCUAUGGUCGUAAUUGCAUGGACAUUUGCCCUCCACUGUAUUUAUAUAAUAAUAAUGUUGACUUUGUUGACCAGUUUAAUUAUCUAGGACAUAAAAUAACUCGUGACCUGAAAGACGAUGCGGACAUUGAUUGUCAGAAACGUUUAUUCUGUGUGAGGGCAAACAUUAUGCUACGUAAAUUUAAGAACUGCAGCAACGAAGUCAAACUUUUGCUAUUUAAAACAUUCUGUUCUAGUUUGUAUUGCUGCCAAUUAUGGUGUAUGUAUAGAAAAUCUACCGUUAAUGCCCUUCGGGUCAGUUAUAAUAAUGCUUUCCGUAAACUGUUGGGGUACGCCCGUGACUGUAGCGCAAGCACUAUGUUCGUUGAAAACCGCACAAACACAUUUACCAGUUUAUAUAGAAAGCUAAUUUAUGCUUUUAUGGAACGAUUACGAACAUCAAACAAUACACUUGUGUGUGCCUUGCUCAAUAGUGAUGUGAAAUGGAAAGUCUACCUUAGUGCAGCAUUGGACAAAGGUAGUCUCCUGAGUUUAGUAUAG